AUGACCACCAGUUUAGCAGCACAGCUGAAACGUUUGGCAGCACCCCAAACGUCCGCGAAACCGGAUUCGCGCAAGUGUGCCUCAAUUCUGUUCGACACCAAAGAGGCAGCCUCCAAGGAUCGGGAAUUAAUUUUCGAGAUCGGUGUUAGUGGGCUGAGCGAGCUCAUUAAGAUGCAUGGACCUUUUGCCCAGUUUGAGGCCACACUGUUCGACAAGAAAUCGAUCGAUUUCCAACGAUCGGUCGAGAACCAGGCGGUGAACGAAAAGCUUGACAGCAACAUCGAGAAGUUUUUCUACCACCUAACGCCGUACUUUAUGCUACAACCAGCACACCAGUGUCUGGAGUGGUUAAUACGGCGCUUCGAGAUACACAAGUACAACAGGGUGCAGUUUGUUCAUCUCAUACUGCCCUACCACGAGACGCGAAUUUUCGUACGCUGUGUGCAAACGAUGGAUGUCGUGGAGGUCAACGAUUCGCUAGCAUUCCUUGCAGCAGUCGGCAAAUCGGGCGUACCACUGUCGAAGCGCACUAUCAUCGAUCACUGCAUUCGGCAUCCGGAGUUUUUAAAACAAUACGGUAACUUUAUCGGGCAUGCGGUAGAUGAGUUGGAAAGCAAAGCGAAUGCCUUACAGGCUUCGUUUGCUUUCUACACUACGACGACGUUGGGUGUAUUUAGCAAUGUCGAUACUGUGACGGAAAACCACGUAUUAGCUGUACUUUCAAUUGUAAUUAAGGGCAUUGCGUCGAGAGCGGUCGAUUAUGCUGCUGGAUCGCUUAUGGUGUUAGGUCAGAUGGCCAAAGCGAAGCUCAGAGGAAGAAUUUUACCGGAAAUUUUGCGUCGUAUCGGUGAUAUGAUGCAUCCAGCACUAGUAACCGAAGCUACCCUGUUGACGGUGUUGAUCUUCCAAAGGCUGACUUUCCCUACCUUAAGCCAGAGUGUGAUGUAUUCUUUAAUUAACUGCCAAUGGUUAAUACCGACACUGUCCACCGUGAAGUUGGAUGGUAUCAAUAUAAUUAAGAUGUACCGGACGAUGCUGGAAACGUGUCUGAACGAUAUAUGUUGCCCCAAAAAAACAUCGUACGGAUUCAACAAAUUCUGCGAACGGUUAGUGCUGGAGAUUCAAUUGAAUGACGCAGAAGCUGAAGAUGUGAUACAGUGCGUGUUAGAUUCGUAUUUCCACAAGGAUGCUAAACAGGAUAACAAACCUAAACAAGCACAAACCGAACACGAUAAGGAAACAAUUGAUUUGGACACCGACGAUGAAGAUUUUGUUAACAAAGAUAAAAAUUUGAUCGAUUGGUAUUCCGGAUUUUUGAAAUGCUUCGAAAGACAGUAUCCAAUUGCUUUUGAUAAGAUCGUAAAGCGUGUGAUGAAGGGUCAAUACUCUAACAAAAAGCGUAACGCAUUGCGAAAUGUGUUGGGCUUUCUCCUGCAAGCAUCGUACAAGAACGAGACGAGCGUGUUUGAAAAUCUGUUCCACUAUAACAUCGAUCGACGCAUACACGCGGUAGAGUAUCUCGUCGCAAAUAUACGUAUUCUGAAGCUGAAAAGCCAUGGCAAGAUGGAUCUGCUGCGUGACAGUGUGCGGGAGCGACUAGACGACGACAGUUGCGAGGUUGUCGCGAAAUUGCUCCAACUCCCAGCUGCCGAGCUGAUGAGCAUAGUUGGCGCUGAAGAGUUGAUCAACAAGCUGGCCAAUCUCGUGCUGAAGUGUGCCUCUAAUCAGUCGAGCUGGAAGUAUGUAACGCCUCGGCUUAUCCAACUGCUAACCGAUGACUGUAUUUACCGUGGUACGGACGUAAACCGACUGAUCGUUACGCUCUAUCCGCUACUUUUCCCGAUCGGUGAUAAUCCUGUUGGCAGGAAAAAUGCUGCCGAAUUGCUAGCAUCUAGCUUUGGAAAACAAUAUUUGGCCACUCAGUUUUACGGAAAUGAAUCGAAUUGCAAUGCGAUGUUGACCAUUUUGCAGGACGCCGGGCAAUGCACCAAUCCCGUGCAGGUGUGCUUUAACGUGCUGCUAUUAUCAAGCGCACUUCCUAAACAGUGCACCGUCGAGCAGGCAGAUCGCGUGCUGGAUUAUGCGGUAAAGCAGCUAGCAAAUCAUCGAUUCCGGUACGCACAAACCUCUGACAUACAGUGUUUGCAGGAAAAUAAGCUUCCGCAGGAUCUGAUUACUAUCCCGAUCCAAUACAUAAUCGAGCGCGUCAUGUUCGAUCCGAUCCAUGAGAUGAACUUCGAACGCCAGAACGUCUCGUUGAAGCUUUGUUUGCGCAUGUUCAUCGAACUGCUCAACCAUUACUGUACGAUCGAUGCGAAGCACGACGAAUUGAGAGGAGUUUUUCACAAUUUGUUGAAGAGAGUACUGGUUUGGUUGUAUCCGCAACCGAAAGAUAGGAUUGAAUUCCUAUCCCAUUUCUACACGGUUCAUCUGAUAGAAACAGCUUCAAAGGAUGACACGAUAAAUUUUUGUACCAAUCCAAUGUUACAGAUACGCUGCCAGCGGCUGUUGAUCGCCAUUCUGGAAAAGUUGCCCGAAAGUGACUGCAAGAUCACGACCAAUUCCUUCAUUAACAUCAUGCUUUCUCUCACCUCCAAUUCGGCGGUUGUGCGUGAGUGUGGCCUGAAGACGAUCGAACGUAUCGUUCAGUUGCGGACAGUUAACGGUCUGCCGAAAGCAUCGAAUAGUUUCCUGGAAAAAUUAGUUAAACGUCGCGAAGAACUUACAAUGGAUGGUGAGCAACUGUCGUUGAUAAUGUUUGCAGAAUUUUCCCUAGAGGAUGCGAAAUCUCUGAAGCCAACAUUGGAAUGCUUUCUCGCUCGUACUGCGGAUCCCAGCACACCCACCUACAUCGUGUGCGGUAUAAUGGAUUUAAUGAAAUUGCUCGACGAUCCACUGGUGUUGGUAAAUUCAGCCUCCAAAGGCGUUAGUAUUGUGGAGCGUGUAAACGAAGACAAUGAUCGCGCAGUGUUCGAUGCGUACGAGUCGAUGCUGUUGCAAUUGCUGAUCGGUCGCUUCAAUGUGGACAUGAUAGAGCAUUUAGCUAAGAGCGAAAUAUGUCAGCGUCUAGUUACGCUCACAUUGCGUUGCGAUAAACUGUUGGUAUUACCGACGGAACGUAAACUGUACACACCGGCCAUUAUGAUGAUUGAAGUGCUGGGAAGGGAAAUGUUCGAAUUGCUUCCCAAACCAUAUGCUAAAGAGCUGUUGCAGCGUAUCGUUGAAGCGGCUACCCUAUCGCAACACCCGGAAACGAACUCGAUCACGAAUAAGUUGUUUAAAAACAAUACUAUCGAUGCGGAACUGGUGGUAGAUAUGCUGAGCGCCAUGUACGACGGUAGAGCGCAGGAAUCGCUUAGCAAAGGUAACGAGAAGGCUAAAACGGGUCGUACAUCCAUUAUUCCCGUGGCACCAUCGGAGCGUGUGCUUGUUUCGACGGUGUGGAAAUGUGGCGUAACGCUGCUGGAAUAUUUGCAGAACAAGAAGAAGUUGGAAAAUGCGCAUCUGUUGGUACCGAAACUGUUCGAGUGUCUAAAAUAUUGUCUCGAUUUCGAGGAACAAUCGGCUGUAGAAUACGUAAAGCAAAUCGUACUGUCGUUGUUGCUGCACUGCAUACAGAAGGUAGAACAGUUGGCUAGCGGUAACCACGGUGACGAAGCACCGUUUGCAAAAGCGUCUAGUAUGUUUCAGGUGGAACGGAUUGUCCAGUGCAUUCGAGGCACACAGAAUCCGCAGACGCAUCAUCAUGCACUGCUACUGUUGGCGCACGUUGCACGUUACGUGCCGGACCAAGUGCUGCACAACAUGAUGGAAAUAUUCACCUUCGUUGGUUCGUCGAUCGUACGACAGGACGAUGCGUACAGCUUCCAGAUCAUAUCGAAGAUCAUAGAAACCAUCGUACCGACGAUCGCCCUGGGCGGUGCAGCCGGUACGGUUACUAACACAAUGGAGCAGAUUAUUCCCAUUUUGAAAAUAUUUUCCGACAUCAUACUAGAUGUGCCAGAACACCGUCGCAUCCUGCUGUACGUGAAGCUACUGCAAACGCUCGGUGCGAACGAAUAUCUGUGGGUAUUUCUAGGCGUGCUCAUUGAGUCGGACGUCAUGAAAGGUGGUCACAAGGCGGAAAAACGGAAAGCAACGAAGUCUCGAGUCGAUGCCGAGCUUUCGUUAAGUGAGAUGUCGAAACGAAUGGAAGUGGCUCUGCUGAUAGCGAGCGAGUUUGAACCAACCGUUAUCAUACAGACGUGCACAAAUCUGAUCGACUAUUUGCGCGAUCUCCCGAUGGAGAUCGACAAGCGCAAGAGCGAUACGGAGAUAAUGGAGAUGGAAAUAGUGGAUUCUACAAUUUUCAAUUUCAAAACGCACACAGGUCGUCAGCUAAAGCAUUUCAAGUAUUCGCUUGUCCAGUUUGUCUCGGGAUUGUUGUCGUCGGUAUGUGUAAUCAAUAAAAUUGCCCAGUUGGAUGAGACGGAAACGCUGAAUAUGAAGAAGUACUACCAAAAUCUGAUUGUUGGUAUAUUAACGUACGUGAAUGCGGUUUCGAAAAUGCUCGACAAGCUAAAGGAGGAAGGCUCGGACGAAAAAAUACCGCUUUAUUGGAGGGCCAUGCUGAACAAUUGUUACGACAUACUGGAAAGUACCAUUUCGCUGCUUUCGGCCGAUACGUUGAUUAUUGUCGUGCAUGGACUGCUAAAGCACCGCUUCCUGAUGGUACGUCGGAAGGUGAUCGAGCUGUUGAACAAUAAGCUACAGUACAAACAGGACUACUUCAACAGCAACCAUUAUCCGGGACUGCUGAAACUAUUCGAUCCACUAAUGGAGCUAGUGCAGCAUAUGCACGAGGAAGAAAAGGUCGUCGGGACGUCGUUCGAGCGGAUGGUGAUCAUACAGUUGAGCUAUAUUGCUGUGCGGCAUCUCUCGAAGAUACUGACGCAACACGACACCAAAAAGGUGCAGUCGAUGCUGGCGGUAUUGAUGGAGGAGCUGCACGGUUAUAAGAAAAAUACCAACCCACAGAUACUGUCUUCGCUCAUACUUUGUAUUGGCGAGUUGUGUAGCAAUCUGGGACCUUAUUCUAUUAAAUUCCUGCCGCAGUUUAUGCCAAUGGUGAACAAGUUUCUCGUCGCACAGCUGCAAUCUGAUGAUCCUUUCGAUAUUCUCACCUCUAGUAUUGUACUGUUAACGAUGAAGAUUGUCGACACGCUGGCGCGGUUCAUUUCUCCCUAUCUACGAUCGAUGCUCGUCGGUUUGACGAAGUUGUCCGCCAUGAUCGAGGAAAAGAAUGAUCCCCGGUUGGGAAAUAUGAAGUCGCGUUUGGCGAUGAUCUGGGAUAAUGUUUCGAGUACGAUUGCACCACGUGUGUUGCUGCCAGCGAUUGAGCAAUGCUACCACACGCUUAUUGAAGCCGGUGAACUCAACGCUAUCGGUCCACUGAUGGCACUGCUCUCGGCCAUGUUCACUAGUAUGAAGUCGAGUCAUUUCGCUACUAUACGAACCGAAGUGACGGACCUAUUCCUGACAGCGCUUCAGUUCCGGUGCUACAAUUCAUCCAAGGAUACCUUUACGCUGACGGCAAUCGAUGCGGCCGAAGCGCACGUUAUCAAGGCGUUUGUGGUGCUGAUUCUGAAGCUAUCGGAAAGCACCUUCCGGCCGUUGUUUUAUCAAGUGUUCGAGUGGUCCAUCCGCGAGACGUCCAGCAAUGACCGUGCGAUAACGUUCUUCAAUUUGUGCUGCCACGUAGCGGAAGCGCUAAAGUCGCUGUUCGUGCUGUUUGCCAGCGAUCUGAUAGCGAUUGCAGUGAAGCUGCUGAAUGCAACCAACAGCGCCAAGGUCGACGGGAACGAGGUGACGGAGUUGCAUUUCGACGUGGAAUCGAAAAACGUGACAUUGGUCCGUUACGUUCUGAAGACGCUGUACAGCAUCGUGCUGUACGACAACCAGAACUUCAUCAAUGCGGUACGGUUCGAUAUGCUGCUCGGGCCGGUAACGGAUCACCUGGCAAAUGAACUUAUUAUCGACGAGCCAGAAAUUCGCACCCUGGUGAUCGACUGUCUCGCUCAAAUGGCCGUGGCGGUGAUGGAUGAUUCGCUGUGGCGUCAGUUAAAUUAUCAAGUGUUGAUGAAAACACGUAACAACGAUGCACAAGUGAGACUGUUCGCACUGGAGGCAUGCACAGAAAUAGCGCGUAAGCUGGGCGAAAGCUAUGCGCCGCUGCUGCCGGAAACUAUUCCCUUCCUGGCGGAACUGAUGGAAGACGAUAAUGAGGACGUUGAAAAAGCGGUUCACCAUUCAUGCCGUGAAAUUGGCCGUGUGACAGGUGAAGAUUUACAGAAAUAUUUCUAA